CUCAUAUAAUUUUGUUUGUAGUUUUUUGUUUUAUUAUCUCUUGUAUUUAUGUUCAAAUGUUUAAUUUAAUACUGUAAAUUAUUUAGAUUUCAAAAAAUUACAUGAAACACACCCGCAGCUUUAAUUAUAUAUAAUCUGUAUAGUAUAAAUUUUUAAGUCAUUUUUUGUUGUUUUAUAAAGGAAUUUAUCCUUCUGCUUUAGAUUUAUCCAAAAUUUAAAUUUUCUUAUAAAAUAUCAAACAUUUAAAGAUAAUUAAAAUUAAAUUUUUGAAAAAAUAUUACUAAAAGAUUUAAUACAAAUAUUUAUCAACAGUUUUAAGAUACAAAUUUGGCGGAUUCCUUCAGAAUUUUAGUGAAGUUAACACAGCCGCCAUCCAAGCUACUAAAUUAAGCAAAAUGAAUUUUGCCACAAAGUUUUUAGAUUUUUUAAGCAUCAAAAAAUCAAGAGAUGAUAAAGAUAGCUGUUUUAUCAAAAAGAAUGUAUUUUACGCAUAUUGCUGUGGAAUCGUGGGAUAUUUGGGAAAUGAAGAUACAAAUGAGAUACUCCUUCACGGGAUAAACGCAAUGAAGAGCAGAGGCUAUGACUCUUGCGGUGUUUGCACACUUCAUGACGGACAGUUGAAGGUCACAAAGUGUUGCUCAGUGGAAACCCCGGCAGACUCUUUCAAUAUUUUGAAGGAUAAGGUUCUUGCCACACAUCCUCCAUCGACAGUUGGAAUCGGACAUACAAGAUGGGCCACAGUGGGAAAACUUUCAAACAAAAACUCACACCCACAUGUUGAUCUGGCGAAAAACCUGGCCCUAGUGCACAACGGAACAAUAAGUAACAUCGAAGACCUGUACCACGAUUACUACUCCCAGUUGUUAAAUCAAAAAAAAUAUAAAUCCUUUUUCGGAGGAUCAAGCAUUCCCUCAUUAAAUACCACUAUUUGUAAUAGUGCGGAUUCGACGACAAGCACCUACGAAAGUCCUGAUGAGACUGACGAAAAGAAUUUCCAGUUGCCAGAUAGUGAUUCGGAAUCAGUGGCGAUUUUUGUAGGACUGGAAUAUGAAAAAACUGGAGACCUGCUUAUGGCCUUUAAAAACACAAUCAAGAGAUUAAGGGGGACUUGGGCGCUGUGCAUGAUGUCGCAGCACUACCCAAACUCCCUGUUUGUAGCAGCACAUGAAGCACCGCUGCUUGUGGCUAGGUCUGAAAGAGGAGUUUACGUUGGAUCAGAACCGAAUGUUUUCAUGAAGUAUGUUAAGGACUGCAUAGUGUUAAAUGACGGAGAUAUCCUGGAACUGUCGUUGGAAAAUGUAGAGAGUUAUUACAGCCAGUACAAUUUGUUGAAACUGGAGUCGGAAGUAAUUGAGGAGUCCCAUGAACCGCAUCCAAAUUGGUAUACCAAAGAAAUUCUAGACCAGAUUUAUAUUGGGAGAAUUAUAAUAAGCCUGUUGGGCCAAGCGCCAAAUUGUUUAUAUCAAAAUUGUUUAGCCGACAGAACACCAGUUAAUAAUCACCAAAAUCAGAACUUAGUUCUGAGUAAUGAGGCAAGUGAAUUGAUGACCCUGAGAGAUAAAUAUUCUGGUAAUGAUAACUUAUGUGUGAUAGAAGGAGAUGCAAACUACGAUAAUAGUCUAUUGUCGAAAGUGGAUAUCUCUUCAUUUGGAUUCGACUUCCCCAACCUUCCCCAAGAUAUUUUAAUCAAGCUCAAGAAGACCAAAAAACUGCUGUUUGUCGCCUGUGGAUCAAGUCUCCACGCAGCCACCUAUGUUGCCAAAAUACUACAAAAAAUACAUCACUUCGACUUAGUGGAGGCUGAUGAUGCAUCAGAUUUAACACUCUACAGGUAUCAUGAUAAGGAUGUAACAGUUGUGCAUAUAUCAAAUAGUGGAGAGACUUUGGACUGCAUACUCGCAUUGAACUUUAUUAAGAGGAUAAACCCAGACUGCCUUAGCCUAUCCAUCAUUAACACAAUUCACACAACACUUGAAAGGUCAUCUGAUGCAACCAUCCACCUGAGAAUAGGAAGAGAAAAAUCAGUGCCUUCAACCAAAGCUUUCACAGCCCAGGUUACAGUCCUCUUGAUACUCUCUUUGUAUAUCAUUAACAACUAUGAUAUCACCAUCGACCCAUUAGAUGAUAGCACCGACUACUGCAGUAGUGUGGAUAAGGAUGAUGAACCAAAUGAAUACCUGGAAAUGACAAACAAGGAUUUUGCGGACCAAUUGACGACAGACGAAGAUGAGGGUGACACGUAUAACGAACACUAUGGAUCUUGCCAUAACUACACCAUUUCCUCACUGUAUAAAUCACUCUCAGUCUUCCCAUCAGCAAUUUCACAAUUACUCAAGGUAUUUUUUACACCAUUAAAUGAUGAACAAUAUGACAGUUUAGCCCAAUGGCUGUUGAAGGAAAAGAUUGUGUACAUACUUGGAAGAGGAUGUGGCCAUGCAGUGGCACUUGAAGCAUCACUGAAAAUGAAGGAAGUGGCGUACAUACAGGCAGAAGGAGUAUUGUCAGGAGCAAUGAAACACGGAAUUUAUGCAAUGAUUAAGGAGGAGGACACCACACCGACAAUUAGCAUAAUCACCUCGGAGGAUAAGGAAAUGACGAUUAACUCAACGAUGCAAAUCAAGGCUAGAGGAGGGUACAUUAUUGUCAUUACGGACUUGGAAGAUGAAGUAGACUUCGCAGAUGUACUGAUACGAAUCCCGAGUAUCGGAGCACUCACACCAGCGCUGGCCAUCGUCCCAAUACAAAUCAUUACAUCGAAAAUCGCCACGCUCUCCAAACGAAACCCAGACAUCCCAAGAGGAUUAGCGAAAACCGUUACAACGCUAUAAUUUAUUUCAUCACUA